AAAUUUUUCUGUUAUGUCCUGCUUUCUUUUCCCUUUUUUUCUCACCUUUCUCUGGCUCCUUCCCAUUCUCCACCGUCAUCCGCUUAACCUGCAAAGCGCGCGCGCACACACACCAGACCAGGUCAACCCGAGUAGCAAGAGGCAAACUGCCCUGAACCCAAAGCGCCAUGAGGAGAGCAAUCCUGCAUCUUCCAGUCACAUAAGACUAGCUAUACCAUUCCCAAAGCGACACAGUUCACCUAGGACAUCAUUCCGGCCGCUCAUACUCAGCUGAGUGUGCUUUUUGUGUUCGUACAGAGGCAACCAGCAAAAACAAUCGAAGCGACAUCAUCAGCUCUGCCUUGGGUCACUGGCGGCAAGCGGGGUACUUCGUACCGAGUAGUUAUGGGUAGUUAUGAGUGCUGUGGGCCUGCCUGUUACGCAUUGAUGUUAUGUCAAACUUUUUCCCAGGCCUCCUGCGGUGCAUGAAUCGUGGGGUUUAUAUAGGGUCCGACAAUUCCCCCUCCCGUCGUCCCACGGCUUUCCUUCCCAUCUCACUCCUCCCCGGUCUUUCCUCUCCACACCUCGACCCAUCUUGAGGUAGUAUUCUGUUACUCCUCUGUCUUUCCCUGCAAGUUGGAUUCCUGUUUUGCGACCGAAUCAACUGGCAUUUCUCUUUCAAGCGUGUCAUCCUCUGGACUGCAAAAUACUGUGAAUAUCCGGCUACCAGGCCGAACUUAUAUACGAAACAAAAAUCAUUUCCGAGCGUUUUCUGUGUGGUGUCGUCACAACACUAGACAUAGUCAUUC